GCAAGACCUGAAGACCUAGUUCCUCCAAAAAGACCUUCUAUAAUGUUCCAGUUCGACUCCAGUCCAGCGCUCAUAGUGGUCGAUAUGCAGAACGGCUUCUGCCACAAGGAUGGCAGCUUCGCAAGGCUAGGAAUACCGACUGACCCAAGAACGAUUGUUCCUCGUAUCAAUGAGCUACUCUCAGAGUUUCGCGCUACUGGACUCCCUGUCUACUUCCUGAAGACAGGGUACAAGGCCGAUUACUCGGAUAGACGCGGUCGCGAUAGACAUGACCGACUCGAACAAUUCCAAGGUCUCUUACGGGGGUCUUGGGAUGCCGAUAUUCUAGAGGAACUCACGCCUGAGGCUGCCGACAAUGUCAUCAACAAGACAAGAAAUUCUUGCUUUUUUCGCACGUCGCUGGAGACCACACUGAGAGAGCGGGGAGUUGACCAUGUGGUUUUGACUGGGGUGGGAACCGAUGUAUGUGUAGAGACGACGGCAAGAGAUGCCUAUCAAUUGGACUUCGCCGUCACUACCAUAAGUGAUGCUACCUGGGCAUGCAAUGAGUCGGACCAUCUAGCCGCUCUGCACGCCCUGCGAAAUUUUGGUGGCACAGCGUCGACAUCGGACGUGAUCGAAGCCUUGGAGAAGUUACGAAACUCAGACCAUGUGUGACGGCAGGAGCUUGGACCUUUGGUGCACGUGCUUACGCGUUUGCCUGGCAUAGGCCACACAGCUCAGUAGAGAGCUCGACAGUGAUUACACAGACGUUUCACCACCUUUCGAUUAUCCUACUUCGUGGUCUCACACCAUAGAAGAAUGCCAUUGGCGUGGGAUGAUACCACAUAUAUUGCAACGUCGAAUUGCGCCAUUAGGAAGUAUUUCUGUGGCUUAAAUUUGAUUAACCUCUCUCAAUCGUAGCCAAGGGCGUUAAGCCGAUCACAAUCCUCGCGCUGUGGUAGCCAAGCCUUGUUCCAUACCCAAUUUGUUCGACAUCACAAAAGUACGCACCGAAUCGAUCCUGCACCGACAGCAUCGGAAAUUGGUUACACUUGUUUAGAAGGAAUCAUGUGUGAGGACCAGAAAUCUUGUAUUUGCAUAGGUUCUUUUGAUCCCUUAGUCGAUCGCAAUCAAUUACAGC